UACAGACAGGCCGGUGCCAAAACUAGGGAAUGGGUGGGCUCUAGAAAGUGUUUCCCAAGUAGGGGGCGUUCCCGGGCACGGUAGAGGUGGGGUUAAAAACGUCACGGGGCGGGGAGCAGGGCAUGGAGGCGGCUCCCCAGCCCGGAGCUGUCAGUGGGGCAGUGGUUGCCCGUUUGGAUUCGGACUUUUCCCGGUACCGGAGAACCCAGCACCAUGGCUGAUGUCUUCCAGCACAACGACAGCACCUCGUCCUCAUCCCCCUUACAGGACGUGGUCCAGCGCUUUGCCCGCAAGGGGGCCCUUAGACAGAAGAACGUGCACGAGGUGAAGAAUCACAAAUUCAUCGCUCGCUUCUUCAAGCAGCCAACGUUCUGCAGCCACUGCACCGACUUUAUAUGGGGCUUUGGGAAGCAAGGAUUCCAGUGCCAAGUUUGCUGUUUUGUGGUUCACAAGCGCUGCCAUGAGUUUGUCACAUUUACCUGCCCCGGCGGAGACAAAGGCCCAGAUACAGAUGACCCAAGAAGCAAACACAAGUUUAAAAUCCAUAACUAUGGCAGCCCAACAUUUUGUGACCAUUGCGGCUCGCUCCUCUACGGGUUGAUUCAUCAAGGAAUGAAGUGUGAAACCUGCGACAUGAAUGUACAUAAAGUCUGUGUCAUCAAUGUGCCCAGCUUGUGUGGAAUGGACCACACAGAGAAGAGGGGUCGGAUUUACUUGAAAGCAGAAGUGAAAGGAGAUGGUCUAAAUGUCAUAGUCUGUGAUGCUAAGAAUUUGAUCCCUAUGGACCCCAAUGGUUUGUCAGACCCUUAUGUCAAGUUGAAACUCAUCCCUGAUCCCAAAAACGAAAGCAAAAAGAAAACCAAAACAAUCCGCUCCACCCUCAACCCCAACUGGAACGAGUCUUUCACCUUCAAAUUGAAGCCCUCGGACAAAGACCGGAGACUCUCUGUAGAGGUCUGGGACUGGGACCGGACCACUAGAAACGACUUUAUGGGCUCCUUAUCCUUCGGAGUGUCCGAGCUGAUGAAAAUGCCGGCUUGCGGGUGGUACAAACUCUUGAACCAAGAGGAAGGCGAAUACUACAAUGUUCCCAUCCCCGAGGCUGAUGAUGGUAAUCUAGAACUGCGACAGAAAUUUGAGGGUACAGUACCAGCCCAGGAUAAGAAAGCCAAACUGGGCCCUGCUGGAAACAAAGUCAUCAACCCAACAGGCGAGAGGAGACCCUACAUCCCCUCCAACAAUAUCGACAGCAUCCGACUGACUGACUUCUGCUUCCUCAUGGUGCUGGGCAAGGGCAGCUUUGGCAAGGUUAUGUUGGCAGAAAGGAAGGGGUCAGAUGAACUGUAUGCUAUUAAGAUCCUGAAGAAGGACGUGGUGAUCCAGGAUGAUGAUGUGGAAUGCACAAUGGUGGAGAAACGAGUUCUGGCGCUGCAGGAAAAACCCCCCUUCCUCACACAACUCCACUCCUGCUUCCAGACAGUGGAUCGCCUGUACUUUGUCAUGGAGUAUGUCAGUGGAGGGGAUCUGAUGUAUCACAUCCAGCAAGUGGGCAAAUUCAAGGAACCCCAAGCAGUGUUCUACGCAGCAGAGAUAUCUGUUGGCCUGUUUUUUCUGCACAGGAAGGGGAUCUGCUACAGAGACUUGAAGUUGGACAAUGUCAUGUUGGACUUCGAAGGUCACAUUAAAAUCGCAGAUUUCGGGAUGUGCAAGGAGCACAUGGUUGAGGGGGUAACAACUCGGACCUUCUGUGGCACCCCUGAUUACAUUGCCCCAGAGAUCAUUGCUUAUCAGCCCUAUGGGAGAUCUGUGGACUGGUGGGCGUAUGGAGUCUUGUUGUACGAAAUGUUGGCAGGACAGCCUCCAUUUGAUGGUGAGGAUGAGGAUGAACUCUUUCAGUCAAUUAUGGAACAUAACGUCUCUUAUCCAAAAUCGAUGUCCAAAGAAGCUGUGUCCAUUUGCAAAGGGUUAAUGACAAAGCACCCUGUAAAGCGAUUGGGCUGUGGGCCAGAGGGAGAACGAGAUAUUCGGGAACACACCUUCUUCCGCCGCAUUGACUGGGACAAGCUGGAGAACAGAGAGAUCCAACCACCAUUCAAGCCUAAAGUGUGUGGAAAAGGGGCAGAAAACUUUGACAAGUUCUUCACCAGAGGGCAACCUGUGCUGACACCUCCUGACCAGUUGGUCAUCGCUAACAUCGACCAAGCGGACUUCGAAGGUUUCUCCUACAUCAACACUCAGUUUUUCCACCCAAGCCUGCAGUGCGUGGCGUGAGUGCACAGAGACUAGAACGCAAAAUGCACAAAUUGAAGAUCCUACAAUUUAAGGGCCUUGGCUCUCAUGGAAGAUCCCAAGAACCUGAAAAUUCUAGGGUUAGGUACCCUGUCAUUGAAGGAUGAAGACUGUAAAGGUAGUGCCACAGAUCAACCAAAAGUAUUGGGUGUGCUAACGUUUUUGAAUUAGCAAAGACCGAUCAUAUCAGAGAGCCACUUGGGUGUCACUAGAAGUCACAUGGGAGUAAUGACCAAGAGCGAGGAUCAUUUUUAAGUCUUCCUUCUGUUCUUGAGUGCACAACCAAUGACAAAGUGAAUUGUGAUGUUACCACAAAGACACUACAUCCCAUAACUUCAUCCGCUGCCAUGAGAAAUGGUUCUACAGACUGCCCACAGCCUGAUGCCAAUGUUACCUAGAACUUGUCUCUGAGAGAGACUGGCCAAACAACAGCAACGUUGCCAUGUUUAGUAUGCAUAUCCAUAGGGGUUGCUGGAGGUUGAGUUAGAUCGUUAUAAGACAUAAAACCAUAAGGAACCAGGUUGAGUGACAGAAACAUUGGGUACUGUGUGUGACACAAGCAUGUUCUUAUGCUCUCCUACUUUAUAAUCAGUAAUGGAACUAACUAGCAGGGUUGGGCAACUGUCAUCCUUCCUGAUGUUGAUGUGCAACUCCCUGCACCCCCCAGCUGGGUGUUGUACUAUAACAGCACAGAAAGGACUGCUGUUUGCUCAUUCUUAUUGUAAAUGGUUCCUAGAAGGGCACAAUUAGGUACCAUAUGCCUAACAUUAACAAUUAACAUGGCUAAUCAUCCCCACAAAGGUGCAAGAUGGAAGGUAGAUUUAAUCAUGUCAUACAGGCAUUGGUAUCCUGUCGUCUCUGCUAAAACUUGUCAUUAGCCUAAUCCAUGAAGUAUUACCCAUAGCAGUUCUAUAUGCCAAAUAUCUACUCUCUGUGCUCUUUCUCCUUCUUUUGGCUGCUAACGAGCAUUUAAUUAUGUCUUAUUGCAUCUUUAUGGUUCAUAAGUAAUAUCUGUAGAGUAUUGGGGGCAUGUAUUUUUAUUUCUAAUUUAAUGUUAUUUGGGGGUGUCUGGGAAACGUGGAGGUUUGUUUCCAGUCCCUAGGCACCUGCAGUGUCCAUUCAUUCUUAUUUUGUUUCAUUAAUCUCUUUAAUAAUGAGCCCUGCCCCUUUGUCUUGUUCCACGUACAGGCCAGAUUUGCAUUGCUCUGCAUGCGAGGGGCAGGUGCAUGCGGAUUCGCUUGCGGCUCGUAUUGCAUGUGAGCCUGCCGGAAAUCCAGUUCAUCAUAAAAACGGAAAUAUUUUAUUUCCUUGUCUUUUGGUCAAUUCCAGUCGCCAAUAAAUCAGUUACUUGUUAUGGUUUGUGCCAGAAUUUUUAUUAUUAUUCAUUUCCCAGUCACUUUCUGAUGGUAUCAGUAGGCCGCCAAAAGCAAACGUGGCAUCCGACAAUGAUCCCUUUCCGGUCCCCAAGGAGGAGGGAGGAUGAAACUGGGUUAAACUGUUAUGGUUAGAAAUGCACAACUCUGUAAAUAUAAUCAUACUGAUGAAUAAAACAUUCUCCUGUCUCAGA